AUGAGUGAGGAGCAGACGGUGUCUCUGGUGGACGUCCUGCAGGAGGACCAGGAGCUGGAGGAGGAGGCCUCCGCUGUUUUAGCCGGGAGCGACUCCGACCACUGCUCCUACCCAGAGUUCAGACCUCUGUCUGAGGUGGACUCUGAGAUGGACAGGUGGAUUGGGGUCAGGGUUUCUCUGGUCCGUUGGGGUCAGAGGGAGCUGAACCAGAAGGAGAAGCUCUCAGUGGUAGAGGACAGCGCCAGGCCCAGUAAGCGGAGCCGGGAGGAGGCGGAGUCCAGCUGCAGACUAAAGGACCUGCACCCCGGGGGUCCAGACAGAGUCCAGCAGGGCGCCCUGGAGUCCAGCUGCAGGCUAAAGGACCUGCACCCCGGGGGUCCGGCCAGAGUCCAGCAGGGCGCCCUGGAGUCCAGCUGCAGACUAAAGGACCUGCACCCCGGGGGUCCGGCCAGAGUCCAGCAGGGCGCCGUGUUCUGGCCCUCAGCCUGGCGCUCCAAACUCUGCCCCUGCAGCAGCUGCCAGGUCAACCCUAACCAUAACCCUAACCCUACCCCCCCCCCUCCGACUCCCUCACCUUACCCCUACCCCUCCCCCCCCCCAGCCUCUGAUCAGCCCUCUGCCCACCAGGAGCUGCUGGCCAGGGCCGGACUGUCCUUCCUCCUGGACGAGUCGGACACGGUUCUGGCCUACGAGAACAAGGGGAAGAGCAGCGAGCAGCGGCCGGGGCCGGACCCCCUGAUGUCCGCGCUGGACAGCCUGAACCGCGUGCAGCAGCUGGAGAUCAUCCACGGAUACAACGACAUGAAGACGGAGCUGAAGGACUUCCUGCAGAGGUUUGCCACUGAAGGGAAGGUCGUGACUUCCGAAGACAUCCGUCACUUCUUUGAGCAGCAGGGCAGAAAGCGGCGGCGGGUGGACGGCGAGUCCUUCCACUGA